CAACAAACCGGUGGGGACGUUUGCCAUUGGAUUUUCUCGGGCUGCUUUGCAUGAAAGCUGAACCUGAACGCACCAUUUGUUUAUUUUUUUUACAAAAACGUCGAUUACCUAUUGAGGCUGCACAGAAGUUGACCCCACCUCAAAUGUCCAUGGGCUCAGAGCGGGUGGAGAUGCGUAAGAGACAGAUGCAGGUUCAUCAGGAAGCAGCUGCCAGUGUCCUCCAAGCGCGCCACAGUAUGGGAAACACCCCCACCAACGCCUCGAACGCCUGCUGCUUCUGCUGGUGCUGCUGCUGUAGCUGCUCCUGUUUGACUGUUCGGAACGAGGACGAGACAAUACAGAGGACAACAAUCGAGCGCAGGACGGAGGGAACCCCUAACUGUGAAGACAGUCUGAAGCCCACUCUGGAAGACGCUCGCUCCUGGCCGAUGUCAUUUGAAAGGGUGAUGAAGAGUGCAGCGGGUCGCAGCUGCUUCCGGCAGUUCCUGCGGACAGAGUUCAGCGAGGAGAACAUGAUGUUCUGGCUCGCCUGCGAGGACCUCAAAAAGGAGACCAACAAGACUGUGGUGGAGGAGAAAGUCCGUCAAAUCUACGAGGACUUCAUCUCGAUCCUUUCCCCGAAAGAGGUCAGUUUGGAUUCGCACGUCCGAGAGGUGAUCAACCGCAACAUGCUGGAGCCGACCUCGCACACGUUCGAGGAGGCUCAGCAGCAGAUCUACACGCUGAUGCAGAGAGACUCGUACCCGCGCUACAUGAACUCCUCGGCAUACACGGAUCUGCUCAAGAGCCUCGAGGAUCCUCCCUCUGAGCCAUAGACUCUCCACUGCCACACACUUAGCUUUUCAAAAAUGGCGCAUGCGUCCCCACCCGAAGGAGUUUUUGUGUUCCUGCUGGAUGCCUACUAUCUAGAAAAAGACAGACAGGAAAAUGAACACUACUUAAAACUGGUCUUUAUCCAGCUGUAACUGCUGUUUAUUUACCCACGAUUAGCUUACCAAAACACUCGGAGCAAACAAGAACAAAUGCUAGAUCCAGCAUCUGUUACUUGUUCAAAGCAUAUCUAUAUUUUUAUAUAUUCCCUAGCGCUUGACAUUGCACUUUUCUACCUUGUUUAAUGAGGGAAAGCAUGUUAUCUGUGAGCACUGCAUUUGUAUUUAGGUAUAUUGUGAGCCUUAAUGCAUAUCCAGUUCUUGUAGAGACAAGUAGGUUUUUCUUUAACAGUAACUUAAGAAGAAGGAAAGUGCCUUGGAAUAAGAUCUUCUACACUCGCACCUUUGGUCUAACGUGAAUGGUGCGACAAUGACUUCACAUGUUGGUGCUUUCAGCUCUUCUCAAAGAUUAAAAAAAAAAAAAAAAAAAAGUUUUUACAACUCAACGAGCUGAUACCCGAAAAUAGAUCUUGUCUGUGUUUCAAUACUGUGAUAUUAGUCAUAUUAUAUUUAAUUUAAACAAAAACAGGGAACAAGACACUGAAUACAUGACCAUGACCACUGAUAUAUUUGUGUAUUUAAAAAAGGAAUUUGUGUGAAAUAGCUAUUUGAAUUCUCACAAAUUAAAUAAAGCACAAUCGUA